GGUAAAUCGCUUUGUAAUGCUUAAGCAGUCCAACAAGUUGGGCCAGCGGGAAUAUAGGGCUUCAAUCAUAUUAAUGGACGGCAAAGGAUAACAGUUGGAUACAUUGUAUGAAAAGCUACCCUGUCCCUGGUCAAUUAUCAUGACUGUGUUUGCAUAAUUGCGUCAGUGAUUUUUGUUUCCUUCUUCGCCGUUAUCGUCAUCAAAGAAGAAAAGGAUUUUUCUAUAAGGGUUGGGGAGAAGAUUCUGAAAGAUUUUUAAGGUUGCGAAGGACUUCGUUAACGUGUAUAAGCAGCCUACUGCAGUUUGCCUCCACCCCGGCGUUUCUUCCUCUUAAAAACGCCAAAUGAAUCCAUGAUCCAAUUUUCGUAAAUUAACACAUCCCAGAAAAUGCUAGAUCUCCAGCAUCACGCCCUGGAAUUGGACAGAAAAUGCUGCCAGCAAUAACCAGAGAAUCCACCAGGGUUCACAAACAACUAUUCCAUUUACCAACUGGGCUAUCAUUUGUAAUCGGCAAACCCAUUUCGACCCUCUCCCAAAACUCAAACCCACCUCAUAAAUGCACUGCCCAAGCUGACAAAACCUUUCAUCUAACGAAUAUCUCUUCUUUGCCACAGUCAUUCAAUCAUCAAAAUCUUUUGCGUAGCUCCCUAUUUUCUCAACUUAAGUCACCUUCAAAUCUUUCUGAUGCCAAAAGAUUACAUGCUCUUUUGAUUGUCAAUGGAUUGUUUAACCCCAGUAAUACUGAUAGAGUCCUUGGUUCACAGCUUGUCAAUGUGUACGUAACCUUUGGCUGUUUACAAUAUGCACUUUUUGUGUUUGAUCAGCUGCCCCAAAGGACUAAUCUUGCUUGGAACGGAAUUCUUAGAGGUUUUCUUGACGUGGGUCGUUUUUUCAAGGCAAUUGAAUUCUAUCACUUGAUGAUUAGUCAAGGGCUGAUUCCUGAUAAUUUCACUUACCCACUUGUUUUAAAAGCUUGUAUUGAGUUGAAUGAUCUUGAAGAAGGUAAGAAGGUUCGAGAUUUUAUUCUGUGGAAUGGGAGUUAUAUGAAAUGCAACGCUUAUGUUGAAUGUGCCAUGAUAGAUAUGUUUGCCAAGUGCGGUAGUCUAAGUGAAGCACGACAGAUUUUUGAAGGAAUAAAAGAGAAAGAUUUAGCUUGCUGGAGCGCAAUGAUAUGUGGGAAUGUGCAGAGUGGAGAAUGGUUAGAGGCAUUGUCACUAUUUAGAAGGAUGAGAUUAGAAGGGCUAAGACCUGAUUCAGUUAUUAUGGCAGCUAUUCUUCCAGCUUGUGGCAGACUGGAAGAUUUGAAAAUGGGAAUGACCCUUCAAGGAUGUGCUAUAAGGAGUGGUUUACAGAGUGAUUUGUAUGUUUCUAAUGCUCUGAUGGAUAUGUACUGCAAAUGCGGUGCCACUCAUUCUGCCUACUCUAUAUUUUGUGACAUUAAGAAUAAGGAUGUAGUCUCUUGGAGUACCUUGAUUGCUGGUUAUUCACAGAAUUGCCAGUACCACAAGAGUUUUCACCUGUAUCUCAUGAUGAAGGAUGCAGAAAUAAGAACGAAUGCCAUUGUUGCAGCAAGUGUUCUUCCAGGAUUGGCCAAACUCAAAUUAGUAAAGCAGGGAAAGGAGAUGCAUGGCUACAUCCUAAAACAAGCUUUUGAAUCUGAUGUUGUUGUAGGAAGUGCACUGAUUGAUAUGUAUGCCAAUUGUGAUUCAAUGAUAAAAGCAGAGCACAUUUUUAGAAUUAUGUCACAUAGGGACGUCACAAUAUGGAAUUCUACAAUUGUAGGAUAUUCUUUGAAUGGUGAGGUUGAUACCGCAUUUUGGACUUUUCAGAAAAUAUGGGAUUUCAAUCUCAAACCAAAUUCCAUAACCCUGGUUAGCAUUCUUCCAAUUUGCACAAAAAUUGGAAGUCUCAAACAUGGGAAAGAAAUCCAUGGCUAUGCAAUCAGAAGCAGUCUUGCGACAGCAGUCUCUGUUGGCAAUUCUCUAAUAGAUAUGUACUGCAAAUGUGGGAGCCUUAAACUUGGAGUAAGCAUUUUCAAUCAGAUGAAGGAGAAAAAUAUUGUGACAUUUAACACAAUAAUCUCUGCUCAUGGGAUAUAUGGACUUGGAGAACACGUUUUUCAAUUCUUUGAGCAAAUGAAGGAGGCAAGAAUUAGACCCAAUAAAGUCACAUUUAUUGCACUCUUGACUGCUUGCAGUCAUGCCGGUCUAGUUGAUAGAGGCUGGUCGUUGUAUCAGUCCAUGAUAUAUGAUUACAAUAUUCCACUAGACAUGGAACACUACUCAUGCAUUGUGGACCUUCUUGGUAGAGCAGGGCACCUUGAUGAUGCCUACGAUCUAGUCAAAAGAAUGCCAGUGGAACCGGACAUGAAUGUUUUGGGAAGUUUACUUGGUGCCUGCAGAGUUCAUAAUAAGGUUGAGCUGGCUAGGUGUUUAGAGAAGCACAUUUUACAGAAAGAGCAGAAAGAUUCAGGCCAUUAUACUCUGUUAUCCAAUAUAUAUGCUUCCAGCGGAAGAUGGAAAGAUGCACUGAAGGUCAGAACGAUGAUAAAAGAGAAGCAUCUGCCAAAGAGACCUGGAAGUAGCUGGAUUCAGGUAGGUUCCAGUAUUUAUAUGUUCCAUGCUGCACAAUCCAAAUUAAAUAACCAUCAACACAUUCUGGAAAACCUGUUUCUGGAGAUGAGGAAUGAAGGAUAUAAGCCUGAUCCAAGUUUCUCGUCCGAUGAUAUUCUGCAUGAUGUUAAUGAUCUAAUGAGUUUCGAUGCCGGCUGAAACGGUCAACAAUUCAAUGCGCACAAGCAAAACAGAUCAUGUAGGAAGUAUCAACCACCAGGAGACUUCAGGGUGGGCAAUCAUUCAAAAAAGUUGAAAAGGGGGUGCAAACAAUCUACAUUUGAGAAUGAUUAUGCUAAGGAUGAACUAAUUUCAAGUCUGGCGAGCUUAGUACAAUUUGAGUUUAGAUUGGUUCCUGCUGCUAAGAUUCAUCUCUAUAUUUUGAAAUGUACAGUUCACAAAUUUCCACUGUCAAAAUAUUUCUUGUUCCAAUAAGAAACUUCAAGCAUAUACUAUUGUUUUGCUAGAUUUACAGGCUUGCCGACA